AUGAUUUUAUAUUUUUUAAAUACUUUUCCAAUAUUUUCGCUAACGCAAUGUCCACCACUUCAACCACCAUGCCGUUGUGCACCGUCUAUUCAUGAAGCUGUUGCUAUUAUUUGUGAAAAUGCAUCCACUUUAUCUGAUAUAUUAACUGCCAUAGCGGAAGCACGGAGUGUUACAAUAGCUGUUCUUCAUAUAACGGAUACCAUAAUUCCAACUCUUCCAGCCUAUAUAUUUCAAGAUUUUACUAUUUCACGAUUGGUGCUGAAUCGCUGCAAUCUGAAUCAAAUAGAUGAUAAUGCAUUUGUUGGAGCAAGUCUUGAUAAGCUAGCCGAUUUAGAUCUUUCUGAUAAUCAGCUUGGUGUAAUACCCAUGGCUGGUGUUCCACGUUUGACAAACCUCAGGAAACUGUCUCUAAAUCGUAACCGCAUCAGUCAGUUGCAGUCCAGUUCAUUCAUAAACUAUGAAUCACGAGAUAUACUGCAGAAACUAGAACUGGCCGGGAAUCGACUCACGGAUCAAAAUCUUGAUGAUUCACCUGUUUUCAGACCAUUACGUUCUUUACAACAGCUAAGUCUGGAAACUAACGCAUUAAAUGUCAUUCCAUCUGCUUCGUUAGUUAAUCAACGACAAACACUAACUAACCUAAAUUUAGGUUUAAAUCAAAUUAACGAAGUACCUGUUGGAACGUUAGAUUUCCCAAAUCUCAAUUCACUUUCGCUCGAAUUCAACGGCAUUUCACAAAUCAUUCCGCAAGCAUUUCAAGGAAUUCCAAAUCUGCAACAUUUGUAUCUUACGGGUAACAAAUUUUCUUCCUGGCAACCUGAAAUGUUCACAUUCGUUCCGCAACUGCUGACUCUAGGCAUUGGUGAAACCCCAAUCACCGUGAUACCAUCAAACGCUUUCCAGUAUAUAUCCAAGUUAAUACGUUUGGAAAUGUCCGAAGCAGCUGUUGAUACAAUUGAGCGAGGUGUUUUCCAGAGAACGCCAAAUAUUCAAGCAAUUAUUUUGAAUAAAAACCGUCUUUCCGUGAUACGUUCCGACUACUUUAAAGGUCUGGAUCAUUUGUAUUCCGUGAAUUUAGGCGGAAAUCGCAUUGAUACCUCUGAACCAUUCGCUUUCGCAAAUCUCCCACAAAUGAAUCAUCUCGAUAUCAGUUUUAAUCAGCUCCAAACGUUACCAGACAGCACGUUUGCAAAUUCAUUUUUACCGGAUCCAAAUGAACGGCGUGUCAUGUACGUGUGUGGCAAUCCGUGGUUGUGCAAUUCAGCUCUGGAGUGGUUUCGGACUUACCUCCGCGAAAAUGUUGACAUUGACGUCGAUAAACCUGGAUGCGUUGCUGCUUGUGUUGACAGUGUUAACGGCUGUCCUUCAGUUGGUACUCCGUUACGAGCUAUGGAUUACUGCCCUGCUAACGACAUACCUCUCCCACUAACCGGCAAUGCACUGUCACUCGUUGGUUGGAUUGUCUUAGCUAUCAUAAUGACAAUUUUAUUGAUCAGUAUAUGUUUGAUGUCAUUAGUUCGUUAUGGAAUAUCGCAUCGAAGGAAGAAAAUGAAAGAUCAGGAAGCGCUGGAAGAUGAACAGAGAGUUAUGUCAAUAACAGGAAGUGGAGUGCCGUCAGUAAUAACUCGAUCUUACUUGCCGCCACCAACAGUAGAUCUCGAUUUACCUCCAGCUCACAGUUUAGAUGAAACAACCAACUAUUUGUAUUAA